AUGUCCAAAGUCCCUCCCCAGCUCUCCUAUAACCCCUCCAUGUACUGGAAACGCUCCAACAUCCCCCCAGAUCCUUCUCUUCUAGAAGGGGACGCGUGUGCGCAGGAAAAGCGGCGGGGCUGGACUCGCAGAAGGCCAGGCUCACGCCAGAGCUACCCACUGUCGGAGCAGGAUGCAGCAGGACCUGUGUGCCCCCAGCAGCGUGGCUUCCUCGGCACGAAGCCCUUAGGAUGGGUCCUUGCAGAGAAUCUUGUGUGUGUGGACAAGAAUGUGGCUUCCCCCAAGCUCUACGUGCUGGAGCCAUGGAUUGCUGACCUCUUGGUGAAUUACGAGCAAGUGGAUGAGCGUGAGAAUUACCUGGCUGGGCAGGUGGUGCGGGUUUUGAGUGACUCAGGUGCAGCUGGCCAGCCUGGGCUGCUCCAGGACGCUGUGGUGCAGGUCUCUGACGGAUCCUGCUACAUCCGUGUGGUCAUUACAGCCGAAGCUCUGCAGGCAGAGGAAAACGCCCACCUGCAGCUCAGGCUUUCCAGCCUUAAUUGCAGAAUCAUUGUCCUGCAGAAGUACACGGUGUGUUUUCAGGACGAGACCAGGCUGGAGGACUGCGAGUUUUACCUCACGGCCCAGCAGUUCAUCGUGCUGCCCAUGCAGAGGCAGAGGAUGGAGUCAUCUGAUGGGAACCAGGACCCCUCUGUGGUGAAGAAGAUAAAGGAGCUCUGGCUAUCCAAUCCUGGAGAUCCUCAGGGCCUUCAAUCAGUCCAUCUCCAGGGGAAGAAUCUUGCUGUGAGGAAUGCUCCCAGCUCAGACCCCUCUGUCUCUCAGCUGAUUGACGCCAUCGGACAGAACCAGCUGGAGAUUUUGAAGGAAAAUGCUGAGGAGUGCUUGGAUUUACGGAAAUCAAAGGAGAAGCCAGGGUCAGUGGAGGACGAGGUUCCCAUCACCCAGUGGGAGGCAGAGCGCAAGAAGGAGCAGGGUGAGGACGUUUUCAUGGUCCCAGUCAGUGCCCUGGUGAUCCCUCCUGAGGAGGAUGAAGUUGUUUGUGACUCUUCAGAGGCAGUGUCUGCAGGGUACACAGAUACAAGCCAAGCAGCUCCUGGAAAGAGUAGUGAUGACAGGACAGUGCCAGGAGAGCCGAGUGUUGUAUCUCAAAUCAGCUCCUGUCUCCAUAGCAGCAGUGCUCCAGCCCUUGGAUCGUCCUCAUGGCCUCCUAUGAAUGCUCCAGAUCCCAUCCAGCCUUUAGUUUCCUCUACAGUUGGCUCAGCCCAUCUCCCUGGAUUGAGUGGAGGAGGUGCUGCAUCACCAACCUUGUCAGAUAGCCUGGAGGGAUCCCUGGACAACCCCUGGAACGGGAUGCCCUCGUUGUCUUUGACCCCAAGCUCUUCAGAUGAGAAGACCUUUCAACCUGACCCUCCCCUGAAGACCCAGAAAGAUGUGGCUGCUGACAGCAACACCGCUGACCUGUUGGAAGUGUGUAGCCAGAGCUCUCCUGAGGGCUCACCCCAGGGAGGGCCAGCACAGACCUCCUCUCCCUCCCUGCUCCGCUGCUACGGCAAUCCCAGUCCAGCAGAGAUCAGCACCAGUGAGGCAGCAUCAGCUGCAGAGGCAGCCUGGGGUGCCCUGUGUGCUGAUCAAAGCCUGCAGCGACCCAGGGGCUCUCAGGCCACCCUGCCCACUCUUUCUCCAGUUUUUCCAGUCUUGCCCAGCAGCAGCUUGCAAUCGCCACCUGGCAGGAUUCCUCACAGGGAGCAAGCCUGCUCCAGUGGCACAGCUUCCUCUACAGAGGCAUUGAAGCCUGGACUGGCUCACGCCAGGACAAAGGGAGGAGAGACUGUGGGUGCCAAGAGGAAGGUGGUGGAGGAAGAUGAGCAGGCCUCCAGUGGGCAGCAGCAUCUCCCAGGCACCUCAAAGCGCAGGGGGAGAGACAGAGGCAAGAGCUUGGUGUUCAUGAGCUCACAGGGUGCAAAGAAGAGCAGAAAGGAGACAGGGCUGCGGCGUAGAAAGGAGCUUGAGGAGGAAGAGGAGGAGGAAGAGAAGGAGGAAAUAGAGGAGGAGGAGGAAGAAGAGCAAGCAUCCCCUGCAAGAGCUGGGCCCAGCUCCAGGCCGGAGGAGUGCAGAGCUCCAGAGCCGCUCGUGGAGAGACCACCCCAGUACCAGUACGAGGCACCGAGCCCCGAGCUCUGCCAGCAGGUACAAUCUAUCAGGAUCUCAAAGGCCAUGCUGAAGUGGGCAUGCUGGAUACUGGCUGAGGAGGAGGACUCCUGAGCCCAUCUUUCAUUCCUUUGUUUCUUCAAUGGGUUUGUCAAAACACUAGGAAGACUGGUUGGGGGAGGGAUGUGGGGAUGCAAGAAGCCUCUCCCAUCUCUUCGUCCUUUUCAAAUGCCUUGUCCCAGCAAGUGGGGACAAGAGGUGACCCAGUGCCACCAUAGCAGCAAUGGCAGGGGCCCCACAAGCUGAUCCUGCUCCAAAGGUACCCCAGGAGCUUGGAUGGUUUAUUUAAUAAGUUUGGGUAGGGUCCUGCACUGUUUAUUACAAAAAAUAUCCCGCAGGGUUAUGCUGUAGAAAUUAAAAAUUGUAUAUUUUUUAAAUACACAGCUCUUGUAUUAAAAAAAAAAAA